GUCUCUUUAAUAAUAUACCGUGAAGGAUCAAGUUGCGCACCGGGUGGUACUGGUAUUAUUUACAACUGGACAGAGACAAUUUACAGAUUGCGAUGAUACCCCAGCCCAUAAUUUCUACAUUGCGCAGUGGUGUGAGUUUCUGGCGACAUCGAAGUGUUUUAGUAACGGCUUUAAGGCUCCAGGCCUUGGACUUUCGAAGCGUGCGUUGUCGGUUUACCUCGGCACCUGGUACUGUCAGAUCCAUGGAGGACAUACUGACGAGGGUUGUGGUACCGUUACCUACAUACGAGACGAGAGAGAAGUCCCCGCCUCCACCCGAAUCGAACAGUGUGGAAUUUAUGCAUUUCUACAAAAGCCUUGAAAAGGAAGAGAAGUCACAAUUUCUAGCAACGCUAUCACACGAUUUUGGUGUGGACCACAAAGGAGUUUCAGAGCUAGCAGGCAAGCUGCUCGACACUCAGUUAAGGGACUUGGCUACAAUAUUGCAAGUAGAGGACAGGUUACGAUACAGUCUGACUCCGCGCUAUAAACAGUUGCUUAAUCACAUAAGCAGGGUUGAGGGGGGAGUGAAGUUCCUGGUGGACCUACGUGCCGAUCUGCUUGAAAUAAUAUCAUCUAAAGGAAGUGACAGUCCUCACAUUCGGGACCUGAAUGGCACUCUGAAGAGUCUGCUGUCAGAGUGGUUCUCUGUGGGUCUUCUGCAUCUGGAGAGGAUCACCUGGCAGUCCCCCUGCGAGAUACUGCAGAAGAUCAGCCAGUACGAGGCUGUCCACCCUGUGAGGAACUGGACCGAUAUAAAACGUAGGGUGGGGCCGUACCGUCGCUGCUAUGCCUUCACUCACGCUGCCAUGCCAGGGGAACCACUGGUCGUCCUGCAUGUGGCACUCACAGAGGACAUCUCUGAUAACAUACAGAGUAUCGUGAGAGAGUUGGCUACCCUGGACUUGGAGGAGGAUGUGAACAAGGUCAACACAGCAGUGUUCUACUCCAUCUCCUCCAGCCAGGCUGGCCUGCAGGGGGUGGAGCUGGGGAACGUUCUUAUCAAGAGAGUGGUGCGGGAGCUGCAGAGUGAGUUCCCCCACAUGUCCCAGUUCUCCAGCCUGUCUCCCAUCCCGGGCUUCUCCUCCUGGUUACUGGGCAUGCUCAGCCAGCACCGGAAGGAGGGCCGUAUGGAGCUGCUAACUGAACGUGAGUGGAGGGAGGUGGCAGAUGUCACAAACACAGCCCCCGAUACCAACGCCCUGGAUGCCCUGCGUAAGCUGAUCAGCACUGGCGAGUGGACCCGCUCUGAACGCCUGGUCCACGUCCUGGAGCCUGCCCUGAUGCGCCUCUGUGCCUGGUACCUCUACGGAGAGAAGCGGCGCGGCUAUACCCUGAACCCUGUGGCCAACUUCCACCUGCAGAAUGGUGCCACCAUGUGGAGACUGAACUGGCAUGCAGACACCAGCCCCCGGGGAGUGGCCAACUCCUGUGGCAUCAUGGUGAACUACAGAUACUUCCUGCAGGAGACCCCGUCCAACAGCGCUGCCUACAUGCACAACAAAGUCAUCACAGUUACAGAACAGGUGCUGGGCUUGGUCUCACAAUUUCAGAAGAACAGCAAACUCUGAGCUCCAUGGACACCCAUGUACACGCACACACACACUUGGUAUCAAAGAUGCCUCUAGGCCCAGGACUGGCUGACUUUACGGCUCUGAUCUAAUGUGCCAAAACAAAACACGCUCAAAACAUGGAGACAAUUUGUGGAAUGAUAUUCAUUUAUUUUGUUAUUUUCUUUUUACAAUCUAGCCCAUGUAGCGCAUGGAUUUUCCUUUCCCUUCCUUCUUGGGGUGGGUAUGUGGUGUUAUCAUCUCCGAUAGACUCCCGGUGUUUCAUGGUGUGAGAGACUACAGCUAAUGAAGCGAGAGACAUUUACAGUGCCUUGCAAAAGUAUUCAUCCCCUUGGCAUUUUUCCUAUUUUGUUGCAUUAUAACUUGUAAUUUAAAUGGAUUUUUAUUUGGAUUUC